AUGAUACCAGACCCAACCGACCCGGCCCUUUUGCGUGAACACGCCUUCUAUGAUACCGGUGACUUGGGUACGGUUUUGAAUAUUGACACCUUCACUGAAAAGGGUGGAUUCAAACCAAUUCUAAAAUACGGACUUGGAUACUUCAAUUAUGGAUUCGGCCUACAAGACGAGAUCUACGAUAGGAGUAUUUUAUACAUGGUGAAGUCGCAUUUACAUGACCAUCCAAAUCCGUAUCUGUUUCUAAUCCUGGUGUUUUUCGCGGCGUCUAUAUUCACUCUCUUGCCGGUCAACGGAGUGCUUACGGGCAGAAAAUCCAGAAGCAAGAAAAACGAGGACGAUGUAUACUAUGUGAAGGUUUGA